AUGAAAUUUGCUUUUUCCAAAACGCAUUUACUGUUUGCAUGUGCCAUAUUUCUACUUCUUGCAUUAUUAGUCUACAUUGCCAUGAGAUUUCGACUCUUUAGCAAAAUUGAAGUAAAGGAAAUGGCCUUGGGCUCUGGCAUCCUUGUCUUUACUCCUUACCGAGGGAGCUAUUCGAAUGUCUCCGAAAAAUUUGCACAGGCUAUGAAGGAUUUCUCGGAGUUCUUUGGUAAAGAUGUACGGUAUUUUGGUAUCUACUACGAUAACCCCAGCCAGUUGGUUGAUCCAAAUGAAGGCAGGGCCAUCAUCGGUGCGUGUUUUGAUGAAACCAGAAAUCUGGAAAGCUUUAUUAAUAAGCAUAAGAACUAUCGAACUGUCGAAUUUAAGAACCUCAAAGGAUUCGGAGCCACAUUUCCUCUUUAUAACAACUUUGAUUUACUUGUGGCCGUUGUUAGGGGAUAUCCUGCCAUAAGGGCAUAUGGAAUCGAAAAGAAGCUGAUGGACAGAUGUCUCUGUUCCGUUGAAUUUUAUGAUAAUUCAAGGGGCACACUUACUAUCGCCUUUCCUUAUCAUGAAAAUAAUGAAUCGAUCCUUUAUCAGACAGGAUAUCCCGUGCCUGUAAUAAAAGAUGAUCAAAGUGUAAAGAGGAGUGUACUUAAGAAAGAUGAGUAG